AUGAUAUCCGACAAAUUCUUCGCUAUUGUAGCUGGUGUCGGCCCAGGAACAGGGAGAUCAGUCGCCCUUCGAUUCUCAGAAUCUUAUCCGGUAGUCUUGUUGGCUCGUCAGCCAGAGAGCUACAAUGAUAUUGUGACUCAAAUAAACAGUACUGGCGGGAGAGCAAUCGGUAUUACUAUCGACGCAACUGAUGAGGCUUCCCUUAAAUCUGCAUUCGAAACCAUCAAGAAAGAGUUUGGGAAGUUGCAGCUCAUCGCAGCCAUCUAUAAUGUUCGACCAGACUCGCGGCCAAGCCUCAAACCAUUUCUGGAACUGCAUCUACAGGAUUUGGACACUAGUCUAAACGGCAAUGUUCGCGGUCUGUUCAAUUUUGCUCAGAGCGUCCUGCCACCACUUCUCAAAUCUGUGGAUAGCUCUCCUAGAGCGCCAACUCUGAUAAUCACUGGUGCAACUGCAUCGAUCAGAGGCUCUAAGCUAUGGUCUGUCAUCGCAGCAGGAAAAUCCGCGGGUCGUGUCUUGACUCAAUCGCUGGCCAGAGAAUUCGGUCCGGCAGGAGUUCAUGUCGCCCACGCCAUCAUUGAUGGUGCUAUCGACGUGCCGGACGCGGAGCAUGCUGCUCGCAACGACGCAACUCCGGACGGAAAGAUCAGCCCGUAUGCUAUUGCUGAGAGUUACUGGAAUCUGCACACGCAACAUAAAUCGGCUUUUACGCAUGAAAUUGAUCUGAGACCGUUCAACGAGCAUUUUUAG